AUGGAGGUGCACUUGGCCAUUCCCCCUCAGGAUCUAUUGGUGGGACUAGAUUUGCCUUCUCAAGCCAAGCCUAAGGGGAUUGGGCUCAUCACUUCUUCUAUUACUCCUGCUAUCCCAACUCCUACUCCUGUUGCCACAAAGACUACUCCUGCUGCCUCUCUUCCUCCUCCUAGAGUCACUAGGGCUGUUUCGAAAAGAGUAACAGUUACUUCACUUCCUCCUCCUUUGACAAUGGCUUCUUUUGCCUUGUCUGAAAUUGAAAGGCCAUUAGAGGCAACCUUGAAAAGGAGGAAGAAGAUUAACACCGAAGUGCCUUUAACUGUAGAGCCCAUCCAGACAGUACUUCCACUUCCCAGCUCUACACUUUCCAUACCUUUUUUGAGGCAAGGCAUCUCUAUUUCUUUAUGCCCGGGCUUAACUCCAUAUCUACCUCAUCUAACCCUCACCUCAGCCCAAUUCACUCCCUCUACAAUCCUAGUUGCUCCUUCAUCACUUGAGAAGGCCCCAGUUGUCACUUCAGCAGUGAUAGCUGGUGCUUCCAAAGAAGAUACUAGUAGCUUAUCAAUUUCUUAUCCACCACCACCAUCCAGCUCUAGUCCAUUUUCCUUUGAUUUGCUAGUGGCCAGGACUAUAAACACUGCCAGGGACACUUCAACCCCUUCUCCUACCCCUAUGCAACCCCCUCUUCCAAACCUUUCUGUACCUUCAAUGUCAGUGGAAGAGAUGGACAUUUUUUAG